UCCAAUACAUAUUUAUUCAGUUAUUUGAGGUUUAUACGUGAGGUAUUUAUACUUACACUAAUAGUGAACACUGGCUCAUAUUCACGAUUGCUCACCCGGGGCGUGGAACAUGUUUCAAUAUUAGAAAUAUGGUUCGAAUAUGUACAAAACAAUCAUGGACUACAUUUACUGGGACUUCAUGAUCAUUAAAUCAUCGUUAGUCACAGAUGGUUGGUUUAGUAUCAAAACAAUUGAAUAGUCGGAUAUCAAACAAUCUACUCUGGAAUUAAAGGCCCGUGAAAACGUAAAAGGCGGUCUCAUAAAUUCUGUGUACUUCUGGAGUCCGCCUCUGAUACAUUUACAGCAAUGGAUCAAAUGACACCAAGGAGAUGGAAAAAGCUCCGAUGGUACUGCCUUCUAUUCGGUAUCGCCCUCUUCUGCUAUCAUAGCGUCUUUGGAAGUUCAGACCGGGUGGAUCGGUCAACGUUGAAAUUCAAGAAAGACGAUAGUGGCAGAGCUCCUGUUGAAAAGUGUGUGUCAAAUGCAACAAAAUGGAAAGGCACGGAACACGGUACAAAACACAUCUUAUUUAGUGACAAGUUCUCCCCUGCUUGGGUUGAUGUCAUCCGCCCAUUAGCGGCACAAGGCCAUGCACUUAUAAUAGUCACCAGUCAUAAGAACUAUGACGGAACACAAGAGUAUGACGCAUACCAAGAACUAGACAACCUUAUUAAUAAAGGCCAAUUAACAAUACACACGAAUGAAAACGACCAAACGCUGAAACAGUUGGAUGUAAUUCUUAGGAAAUUAAAUGGGCGACACGAUGUUGUGAUGCACACUAUGGUAGAUAAAGGAACCGAUCCUCUGAAAACAUUGAUGCAAAAUGUGAUUAAAGAUACAUGUGAACGCCAUAUACAAAUGCUUGAGGUCAUCAAAAGGUAUUUGCCAAUCAGCCUUUGGAUACACAUCAAUGCAGUGCCUUCUUUAGAACCAACAGUAACGGAAUAUACACAACCAGAACAAUUUGCUGAUGAAUGCGGUGUCUAUUUAAACUUUAACAAUCUAUCGGAUGUCCUGAUAAAAAGUAUUUUGAUGUAUUCUGAAACAUACAGUCGUUUGUAUGGUCUUCAGGUCAACAAAUCAUAUCUCUAAGUCAUAACUAAUUUAUAAUUUAGUAGCCUGAAAAAAUUGGAUGGUGACGUGUAUUCAUACUAUAAAUGCAAGUCUUAAGUCACGAAAUAACAAGAUAAAUAUUGUUUCAUGCAACGUAACUUGACCAAUAAUAUAGCCUAUUGCUUAAAUCAAAGGUCCUAUUGUAUCCAUUGACAAUGUCAAUUUGACAAUGUCAAUUUGACAAUGUCAAUUUGACAUAUGGAUGGGCUAUUUACAUAAAUUAUUACAGUUCCAUUUUGAUUGCGAUGUUCUAAAACAUUCAAAUAUAAUAAAUAAUGAUAAUGCCAUUGAAGAAAAAAGUCUGUACUGUAUUAAAAAACUUGAAAAAUUUAAGUGUAACUCCCACUCAUCUGUUAAAAUACUCGUGCAUGGUGUAAAUACGUCUAUUUUAAAAAGCUUCCCGUUAAACAGUUAAAGAGUUUAAUAAAUUAAUUAAAAAAUUAAAUAGAUAUAAUUUCUUUGUGGUGCCUUAGAUUUGUUCAUACCUAAUAUAAUAUAUAAAAUUUUACAGGGUGACCAAGAAAAGACAACCUCUAUUUUGGAAUAACUUUGUCAAUAAUGAUGGAAUUGUUUUGUUUUUUCUCGUGUAAAUGCUCCAUGAAACAAACAGUGUUUUCUCAUCACGGUAAACUAUAAACCACUUUGAGUUAUUGCUAGGUUUUUGCCGAGGCAAUGCUCUCGUACUGUUCAAAACUGCGCGUUUUGAAGUUAGUACCGGUAUUACUAGUAUGCGUAAUAA